AUGGCAGGACUCUCGAAUGCGUUAAGUCAGGUCUGGCCGCCCAAGCCACAGUUUACCGAGAAGGAUUUGCCUGAUCUACGCGGCAAGGUCUACAUUGUGACCGGCGCAAAUACCGGCGUGGGCAAGGAGCUUGCUCAGAUACUCUACGCAAAGCAUGCCAAGGUCUAUGUCGCAGCACGAUCCGAGGAGAAGGCCAAGGCCGCCAUCGAGGCCAUCAAGUCCUCCAGCCCGGACUCGAAAGGUGCCCUCGCACUUCUCCGCCUCGAUCUCGCCGACCUGACGACCAUUAAGAAAUCCGCCACCGACUUCCUCUCCCAGGAAACCAAGGUGCAUGUCCUCUUUAACAAUGCGGGCGUCAUGACCCCGCCGCAGGGAUCCAAGUCCGCUCAGGGCUACGAGCUGCAGCUGGGCGUCAACAACCUGGGCACCUUCCUCUUUACGAAGCUGCUCACGCCAGCCCUGGCCUCCACCGCCCGCGACGAGCCGCCCGGCACUGUGCGCGUGGUGUGGGUGUCGUCCUCGGCGGCCGAGCACUUUUCCCACACGCCCGGUGGCGUCGACCUGGAGAACCUCACCUACGAGAAGCAGGAUCUCUCCGCGGCGACAAAGUACGGCACGAGCAAGGCCGGCAACUACCUGCACGCUACCGAGUUUGCGCGCCGCCACCGUGACGACGGCAUCGUCAGCGUCUCCCUCAACCCGGGCAACCUGAAUACCGAGCUCGCGCGUCACCGGACGGCGUUUGAGAAGUGGUUCCUGCAGACGGUUGUGCAGUACCCUCCUAUCAUGGGGGCGUACACUGAGCUCUUUGCUGGACUGUCGCCGCUGGUCACGGUGGAGAAGUCUGGAGAUUGGAUCGCCCCUUUCGGCCGAUUUGCGCCGAUACGACAGGACCUGCUUGAUGCUUCGAAGCCGGAGAGCGAGGGGGGUACUGGCACGGCUGAGAAAUGGUGGAGUUGGACUGAGGAGCAGGUGAAGCCGUACCUCUGA